AUCGCGCAGGAAUCGGUACAUCGCACCGCUCUUCGCAGCAUUCCCUUCUUAUUUAUUAACCUAGACCUCCGAUUCGCAAACCCCUGCGCCUGUCGUUAUGGAGUUCCUGUUCUUCAAGAUAUCAUCUCAAGAAUAGUAGAGUACCGACAAGUCGUCUACCGUGACGUCACACCCCUCACGCAAUGGACCAAAAUCAAACUGAAGCCGAACUCGAAUCGUUCCGCCAGCGCUGGCGCGAAGAAGUGAAAGCUCGCAAAACUCCCAAGGCAGAAGCCUCUACGGCCUCUACGGGCUCCUAUAAACCGCAGUAUGAGGGAUCAGCGAAGGCACCUCUGCCACGGACAAGAGAUGCGGGCAAGCAGCGGCAAGAGCAUGAGGCUGAUGAUGAUAAAUACCAACCAUCCAGCUUUCAUGAUAUCAAGCCGCGUGAGACUGGUCUGCGGUUGUCGGAGAGCAGUUCAGCAGCAGCAGCGCGUAGUACAGAGCCAAGCUCGGCCCUAGAGCACUACGAGGAGGCUGUAGCUAAAGAGUCCAUUGGUAAAUUGGGAGACAGCGUAUCACUAUACAGGAAAGCGUUCAAGCUCGAUGAUCGCGUCCACGAAUCAUACAAGCAGAAGCAUUUCCCGGUCUCCUCAUUCCCCCCAAAGCCGAAACCAGCUCCCCAGACAGCCUCUCAGUCACAGACUACAAGCAAAAAAGCUUCUGCAGUGAAACCAGACAACUUGACCGGCUUGUCCUCCUCUCUUGUCGACCUUCUCUCCGACUUCUCCAGCCUCAAGAUUGAAGGCGAAGUCCCGCCGACAGAACUAUCUCCAGCUCCUCCAUGCCCAAUUGCAGAUCUACCCGAAGAACUCCUCACAGAAAUCCUGCUCUAUGUAGCAGUACGCGACGUCGCAUCCUUCGUCCGCACAGCACAGGUCUGCAAGAGACUAGCUUAUCUUGUCCUCACCGAAGAGCGCAUCUGGAAACGCGUCGCACUGGGCCACGAGUUCGGCAUGGCGGCUAUGCACUAUUCCUGGGCCUGUCGCAUCAACGGUGAGCCCCUACUAGCCGACGAGGACCGUCUCCUAGGAUUGUCCGACGAUGAUCAGGAGGCAGAUGAGGAGCUGUACAAACCCGAAGAACCAUCCCCUGCCCCACCACUCACCCUCGUCCCAGCAACUUACCCAACCUACCGCGCCAUGUUCCGCCUGCGCCCACGCAUCCGCUUCAACGGCGUCUACAUCAGCACCGUAAACUACACCCGCCCCGGCGCAAGCUCGCCCAGCCAAGUAACCUGGAACACCCCCGUCCUCAUCGUGACCUACUUCCGCUACCUCCGCUUCUUCCGCGACGGCACCUGCAUCAGUCUCCUCACCCUCGCCGAACCGUCCGAUGUCGUGCACCAUCUCAUCCCAGAGAACAUGAAACAAAAGCACCAGGGCAAUCUUCCCCAGUCGGUCAUGAAGGAGGCGCUCGCUGGACGGUGGAGACUUUCGGGGCCGGAUGAUGCGCUUGCGAAGGCUGAGCAUGCAGAGGAGCGCGAGGCCGAGGGCACGCUGCAUAUUGAGACUGAUGGAUCCGUGCCGAAGUACAUGUUCCGCAUGGCCUUUUCGCUGGGCUCGGCCGGGCGGGGAGCGCGCAAUAAUAAAUUGAAUUGGCAGGGGUAUUGGAGUUAUAACAAGACGACGGAUGACUGGGGGGAGUUUGGGCUGAAGCAUGACAAGCCAUACUACUGGAGUCGGGUGAGGAGUUUUGGCACGGGAUUAUAGAUGACAUGUACACAUGCCUAGGCAAAUGCGAUUUCGAAAUGAUAGUGCAUUGUGUCAAGGUACAUGACCGGACUGUCUACGUGCCCGCCGUCCCGCACCCUGCCUGGAUCCUGAAAUGGCUUUAUCUGGUGGCAAUAAUCUUGGCCCGCCCGCAAUGACCCCGAAUCGCUCACUCAUGUGCUCAUUCAUCAUAAGCGCCGUCAUUUCCCACGUCUAUCGCAAACAAUGCCUCAUCCUGGUACAUUGUAGCUCACCUCCGCUGCCCCCACAGACCCGCCUGUGUCUCCCUAAUCCGCCUCUCCUGCUCGCGAAUCAUCUCCUCA